AUGUGGCCGACCCAUUCUGCCGUCGUCUCGGCUCUUCUUUUCGCUGCAGUUACGGUCCGUUACUUUUCUUUUCUAAUUCGAAACGUCGAAAUCAUGAAACUUCUAAUGGAAUCAUUUUGCUCUUCUUAAAUAGCGCACAAUGGUACCUCUUUUUUCCAUUCAAUGAAAGCUCUUUCGAACAGAAAUUGCAAAUUCCAGUCGCUGUUUAUUUAAAAUUCAUUUAUUGGCCUCUGUAGAAUUUUCAAGCAGAAGCCAUUUGCAUGAAAAUUGAGGGUCCGAGAAGGACUACGAAUCGUUUCGAAGCCUAAUUUUGGGGACAGUUAAGCGAAACUUUCAAUUUUUUGUGAGUUGAAGUUAUUGAUGACAAAUAUGUUUGUAUAUUGAAGAUUUAAAAAAAUCAUAAAAUCUUUUUGCCUUUCGUCGAUCGCGUGUCUUGAUCUGAAAUUUCUCUUCUUUCCCAGAAUUUCUAUUUCAAAACUAUAUUUUCUGGCCAGCCGUCUGUGAGCUGUAUACUAAUGUCUUUAGAAACACAAGUAAGUUUAAAUGAUGAUAAAUAAUUAGAAGUCAAAAGCCAGCUACUAAUAUCAAAAAAAAAAAUAGAAGGUGCCGAUGUCUCAAUCGAAAUUUUUCCACUGCUCACAGAGAAGGUGCUUGGAAAUUUAUGUAAAUAUGCCUUUUAAGGUCUUUAAAUUACGAUCUUUGAAAGUCGCUAUUUCUGUGAACUUUUUUUCUAAGCAAUAUCUUUAAAUUUCUGAGCAGUACAGAAAAAUCUUACUAACAAACGUUGUCCCGGUCAAAAAUUUGAUGAAUUUUUUCAAAGUAUUCAUUAAGGCCUCCUGAUUCCAUAACUGGAAGAACAUUCUCGCAAAAGAUCUUUUUUCGAUUUACGAAGCUUCAAAAUUUGCAGAAAGCGCAAAUUCUGACUUCAAUCUUUUAAAGCGUUUCAACUCGAAAACUAGAUCUAUGGCUAAUAACUUUCCCUAGUGCGAUAGAAAUGGUACAAGUUUGAAUGAAUAAUGAGCACCGCCAUAACAAUGGUAGGCUUGCAUCUCAAAUGAUCGUGGAUUCGUCAAAUGCUUCUUGACGAACACAAUUUAUGUAUAUUCAAUUAUCUUUUUUUCAUUCUUUCUUGGUUUUUUUGAAAAAAACAGCAUCGAUAGCUCAAGAAAAUGGAGCAUCUAAUAACAGAACGGAGAAAAACUUUUACUAUCAUCUACACGGAAAUUGAUGUUUUUCAUAGGUUCCACAACCUGUGAUUUCUUUAGACUUAGUAGUUCUUCUGCUUUCCUUCGUUUUCGAAUACGUCAUGAGAAAGCGCACUCUGGGGAUUAGUCUCUCAUUUUUCUUAAACUAUCGUUUUUCAUAUAGGAUCAUAACUUUUUUUUUUUCGAAGGCGAACUUCAGCUCAAACCUUUUAGAAGUUCAAUUAUCGAAAAAUAAAAUUCAGGUUAAUAUUUGGGUGAAAAAUUCAUAAAGUAAAACGAAAAUCAUCAGAUUCGAAUCUCAAACCGCUUCCCUAGGAAAUUAAAAAAAAAGGUGGAAGAAAAGCCGUCGUCGUUUUGCCCAUAUCGCAAGAAGCCGAAUCGCUCUGAAAGACUAAUUAAAAAGAAAAGAAGUGGCGCAAAGGUUUUCUUUUCCUUCAGUCAAAGUGGCAUUUCUCUGUGAUGUCACACACAUUUUGCACGUUUCUAACGUAGAGUUUUUAGGGAUUCAAAAUAUUCAAUUCCAUCAGAUUGAGUCUUUUAUAAGGGAGGUCAUUUUACUCUGCGGUUGGGAACUUCCUUUGUUCUGAAAAUUGGCCAGAACACUCCUCGACGUACCAAAAGAAGAUUCUGAAAGUCUCACCCUGCACAACUUCCUAGUUUUCGAGAAAUAAGCGCUCAAAGCCUCAAAAUGUCCUAUUUUAACGGCUUUCAGUGUUUUCUUGGACUUAAAGGUGUCCUUUUCUCGGAAACUAGAAAGUUGUGCAUGUUAAGACUUUCAGGAUCUUUAUAUGGUACAUUGAGAAGUGUUUUGACUGAAUUUCAGAAAGUUCCCAAUCGCAAAUUGACCUCCCUUUUUAAGAGUUUGAAGAUCUUGACUACUUGAAGGACCACUGGAAUGACAUCGAAACUUGCAAAGUCAUUGAGAAUAUCGCAGGAAAAGUUUAUAAGUGAAAGAAACAUUUUUAUUAAUUAAUGGCGUGUUCAAAUUGAAUUUAAAAUAACCUUUCGAGAAUGAAAAAGAGAGCUAAACUACGAAGAGUCAGAGAUUAAAUUUUUUUUUUGAGUUUUCGGAAAUUACUUUUUAAACUGCAUAAACGUAUUUUUUCAGGUAUCAAUAGCAAACGCCGUGUCGAUUCCUCGGUUCAGACGUUCUUUUGACACUCUGGUAAGCACUAAAUCUUCUCCGCGCUGAGAUAAUUCUUCUUAAAUCAUCUGUUUUCACCGAAAAGAAGACAUCUUGAAAUUUAGGCCGCAGGAGGUUUUACUGCCUUAGAUAAACGGACGUUUGAUUCAUUGGUAGGAAAACCGGACACCUAUUAUUAAUCUUCUUUUUUUUCAGGCAGGAAGCGGCUUUGGCGGAUUCCAUAAGCGUGCUUUCGAUAGUUUGGUAUGUUUUUUGAUCAUUUCUCACUUUAAUUUUCCGGAGCUUUUAAUGAACACGAUUUGAACUUUCAGGCAGGGGACGGAUUCGGUGCUUUCAACAAAAGAGCGUUCGAUUCAUUGGUGAGUUUUCCUACAGGGGUAGUUAGAAUAGUAUAGUUGUGAUAAUGAAAUGGAAUCAUUUAAAUUAAAUUCAAAACUUUUCAAGCCUUCAAGUUCGCUGUAGUGGAGGAAUGACGCCUAAAUCUUUGAAAAAAUCUCACAAAAAUGUGAAAGUGUUAAAGUUAUGAGCCGGCAAAAACGAUUUCCGCCAAAAGGAUUCCAACCCUGGUCCCAAUAUUGACAAGCUUCGGGAGACCACUACCACUACACCACGCCGCCAGUUGCUGGCCAAAGGCUCCGAGCGCGGGCAUAUGCGCGCUGGAAAACUUUCGACGAGCUUUUCCUCGGUCGCCUGUGGGGUUUAGCAGAAUUUUAUUUUUGAUUCCGAGUUCUCUCUCCUAGGCCUAUCCACCGACAAAGUCUCAAUUCUCAACUCGUUGUCGAGACCACGCCCUAGUAAGACUGAUUUGCCGCUCUCGUUUUAGCCGUUUUGAGGCGGAAUGAGUAGAGUAAACUUUUGUGGCUAGAAAGCAACGUACUAUUUUCUUUAAAAACCAGAAUUUCGCGUUAAAUUUCAGGAGCUUAAGUUAAAUUAACACGAUUUGGACUUUCAGGCAGGGGACGGAUUCGGUGCUUUCAACAAAAGAGCGUUCGAUUCAUUGGUGAGUUUUUCUACAGGAGAAGAGUAAUUAAUUAUAAUUAGAAUAACAUAGUUAUGAUGAAAUAAUAAAUCCAUUAAAUUGAAUUAAAAGUUAUCAAGAUUUUAGGUUCGCUGUAUUGGAGGAAUGACGCCUAAGAUUGACUUGCCGCUCUCGUUUCAGCCGUUUUGAGGCGGAAUGAGUAGAGUAAACUUUUGUGGCUAGAAACUAUUUUCUUCAAAAACCAGAAUUUCGCGUUAAAUUUCAGGGAAGUAGUGAUAAUUUUAUCAGUGAAUCUCCAGCACGUUAGGAAAUAUUUUGAGAAGAGGAUUGAAAGAAUAUAGCAAAAUCAAAAAAUGUCAUUCCAUUUUUUUCAUGCGGUUGCUACUGGAAAAGAGUAUAUAAAACUCUCGGUGUUCAGAAAAGAGCGUAGGAGUAUAUUUUUAGAAUUAAUUGGCAAAAUCAGCUCAGUUGUUCAAGUUUUUAUGGAGAGAUUCAAAACAAUAUUCCGCGUUUGUGCUUUAAUAUUCCGAAUCAUUCCUCAAGCUAAAAGAAGUAAGCUCUCCACUAGUUCGAUGAUAUUUUAAGGACGGACCGGGAUUCACGGGCUUCCACAAGAGGGCCUUCGAUUCGCUCGCCGGCUCCGGCUUCGGUGGAUUCAAUAAAAGAGCUUUCGACUCCCUGGUUCGUCUCACCUCAAACCUUUUUGGGAAAAAAUAUGAAAAGUAGAUGUCAAGAUGUUUAUUCUGGGCGAGAAAAACAAAAUACGCUGGGCAAAUUCUGCUGAUAUCAAUGGAAAAUUUUCGUUAAUACUAAAAACUUUUUUUCAGAACGGUGCAGGCUUCACGGGAUUUGAGAAACGAGCUUUUGACACUGUGGUGAGCCCAAUAUUUCGAAAGAUUUUAUUUUUUUUUUGAAUGAAUUUGGAGAAAAUGGGAAAUAAUCACUACUAGUAAUACCAAUCGCCCAUAACGAACCUUCAUUCAAAACUUGUUUUUGCAGGAAUCUUUGGCAGUUUUCUUUUUUCAAAUUUUUUUCUUCUUAUCAGAAAUUGUCCUUACUCCAAGAGAGCGUUAGGAAGAACUCUGAAAUUAAUUAAUUUUUAGAAAAAAAGUUUCAUUUUGUGUUGGCUUUUUUUACAGCUCCAUUAAAAAAAUUAACCAAAAAAUUGUUCAUAUUUUUGAAAUUCUGCUUCGUUCAGAGUUCAAGCGGAUUCGACGACUUCUAA